GCACUUUCGGCCGAUUAUUCAGUCCACAACCGUCUCUCCAUCGUGACAGACGAAAGGACAGACAUGUUUUAUAUAUAGACAGAAACAAUUCGAUUCCCAACUCCCCCAGCGGAGCAGUGUACCUGUGAAAAUUACUUUCGUGUUUUCGUUGACGACUGUAUUCGUGCGGUUCACUAGUGCUUUAGUGUUGUGGUUUUUCUUUACGAGUGUACAAUUUUCGCGGGAAACACAAUGUGCCCUCCAAGAUUGCUGAAGUGGACGUUCGCCGUUUUGCUGCUGCUAGCGGUCAUCUCACCCACAACAGAUUCUUCUAAUGUUCGCAGAAGACUUCGAAAGCCCACAAACAAAGUAACAACAUCGGUGUCAACCAGCGUAUCCAGGUCUUCAGAUCAAGUGAUUUCUGCUAGCGUGAACAGGCCUAAGAUACGUGGACGUCCAAGCAUCGCUAGUCGGAAGUCCUCGGCAGCGAUAGACAACUCAGUGGCAACUGAUGAUCACAAAGACAAAGAUGGUUACAAGAUCGUGUGCUACUACACCAACUGGUCCCAGUACCGAACGAAGAUCGGUAAAUUUAUGCCGGAAGACAUACAGCCCGAUCUCUGUACUCACAUCAUCUUCUCUUUCGGCUGGAUGAAGAAGGGGAAACUGAGCUCCUUCGAGUCUAACGAUGAGACCAAGGAUGGGAAAACUGGAUUGUAUGAGAGGAUCAAUGCUCUGAAGAAAGCCAACCCAAAACUGAAGACCUUACUCGCCAUCGGUGGCUGGUCUUUUGGCACACAAAAGUUCAAGGAGAUGUCAGCGACCCGUUACUCCAGACAAACCUUCAUCUACUCUGCUAUCCCCUACCUUCGUGACAGGAACUUCGACGGUCUCGACAUCGACUGGGAGUAUCCCAAGGGCGGUGAUGACAAGAAGAACUACGUGCUGCUACUGAAAGAACUUCGCGAGGCUUUCGAGGCUGAAGCACAGGAGGUGAAGAAACCACGUCUGCUGCUGACUGCGGCAGUUCCAGUGGGCCCUGAUAACAUCAAGAGUGGAUAUGACGUACCGGCGGUGGCAAGUUACUUGGACUUUAUCAACGUGAUGGCGUAUGACUUCCACGGCAAAUGGGAGCGGGAGACAGGUCACAACGCGCCGCUGUACUCACCAUCAUCAGACUCCGAGUGGAGGAAGCAGUUGUCAGUAGACCACGCGUCCCAUCUCUGGGUUAAACUUGGUGCUCCGAAGGAGAAACUUGUUAUUGGUAUGCCAACUUAUGGGCGCACUUUCACCCUGUCAAAUGUCAACAAUUUCAAAGUGAAUUCUCCAGCCAGUGGGGGCGGAAAAGCCGGCGAGUAUACAAAGGAAGGAGGCUUUCUUGCCUACUAUGAGAUAUGUGAGAUACUUCGUAAUGGCGGAACCUACGUAUGGGAUGAUGAAAUGAAAGUACCGUACGCUAUCAAUGGUGAUCAGUGGAUUGGCUUCGAUGAUGAGAAGGCGAUCAGGAACAAAAUGAGGUGGAUAAAGGACAACGGAUUCGGCGGAGCAAUGGUGUGGACUGUAGACAUGGAUGACUUCAGCGGUACUGUCUGUGGUGGCAACGUGAAGUAUCCCCUGAUUGGUGCAAUGAGGGAAGAACUAAGAGGCAUAUCCCGUGGAAAGGACGCAAAAGAUAUUGACUGGUCUAAAGUCGCAGCAAGCGCUGUUAUUGAAGUCACUGAGAAACCAGAGCCGAUUAAGAUCAGCCUGUCCGAAGUUAUCAGCAAAGUGAAGAGGCCUACGAAGACUGUUAUUAUUAAGAAUAAUAAUGCCGCCAUACUUGAUAAAAGCAAACGCGAACCGCAAAUCCUUUGUUACUUGACAUCGUGGUCAUCCAAACGUCCAAGUGCAGGAAGAUUCAGUCCAGAGAACGUUGACCCCACACUUUGCACUCACAUCAUAUACGCCUUCGCAACACUCAAGGAUCAUAAACUGGCAGAAGGAGAUGAAAAGGAUGCGGAUAUGUAUGAUAAAGUUGUUGCACUUCGUGAAAAGAAUCCUAACUUAAAGAUCUUGUUAGCCAUCGGUGGCUGGGCAUUCGGAUCAACUCCUUUCAAAGAGCUGACAUCUAACGUGUUCAGAAUGAAUCAGUUUGUGUACGAAGCUAUCGAGUUUCUCAGGGACUACCAAUUUAAUGGACUUGACAUCGAUUGGGAAUAUCCAAGAGGAGCAGAUGACAGAGCUGCUUAUGUGUCCUUGCUAAAGGAACUGCGACUGGCGUUCGAAGGUGAAGCCAAGACAUCUGGCCAGCCUCGACUCUUACUGACUGCUGCAGUUCCAGCGUCCUUUGAAGCGAUCGCAGCUGGAUAUGAUGUGCCUGAGAUCUCCAAAUACUUAGAUUUUAUCAACGUAAUGACGUAUGACUUCCACGGACAAUGGGAGAGACAAGUUGGGCACAACAGUCCCCUCUUCCCCCUCGAGAGUGCAACCAGCUACCAGAAGAAAUUGACAGUGGACUACUCAGCCAGGGAAUGGGUACGACAAGGAGCACCGAAGGAGAAACUCAUGAUUGGAAUGCCCACAUAUGGAAGAUCUUUCUCAUUGAUAAACGAGACUCAGUUUGAUAUUGGUGCACCAGCAUCUGGUGGAGGUCAAGCUGGUCGCUACACAAACGAGGCUGGCUUUAUGUCCUACUACGAGAUCUGUGACUUCCUGCGAGAGGACAACACGACGCUCGUGUGGGAUAAUGAACAGAUGGUGCCCUUCGCGUACAGAGACGACCAGUGGGUCGGCUUUGAUGAUGAGAGGUCAUUGAAAACUAAGAUGGCCUGGCUGAAGGAAGAAGGCUUCGGUGGCAUUAUGGUCUGGUCUAUAGACAUGGAUGACUUCCGAGGCUCCUGUGGUACCGGGAAGUACCCUCUGAUCACCGCCAUGAAACAAGAGCUUGGCGAAUACAAAGUGCGGCUAGAAUUUGAUGGUCCUUACGAAUCUUCCAACCCCAAUGGACAAUACACGACAAAAGACCCCACUGAAGUAACAUGCGAAGAAGAAGACGGUCAUAUAUCAUACCACCCUGAUAAAGCUGACUGCACAAUGUACUACAUGUGCGAGGGAGAGAGGAAACACCACAUGCCGUGUCCUUCCAACCUUGUCUUCAACCCGAACGAGAACGUAUGCGACUGGCCGGAAAAUGUGGAAGGAUGCACUCAUCACACACAAGCACCGGCGAGUCGAUAGGACUUAGAAAUAUACUUAAUACUUACUUACUUUCUGUUAUUUCAGUGUUUUGCUUUUUAACUAAGCCAUAAUUAUAGUAUUUCCAGUUGAUAACGUUAUACUAUUUUUAUUAAUUUUAAUAAAUAAAUGUAGCUAUAAGACAGUUAACUGGAAAAUUAAAUGGAAAGGUAUUUCUACAUUAUCAUCUUACGAAUUUCUCGUCAAAUGUUUUAAUAUCUACUGCCCUGCUAAAACACCUUAUGUAAUAGCAUUCCAUCAAAAAUUUUAAGUAAAUAUUUAUUUAUAACGAAGGUAUCAAUUGGUAUGUGUGAUAUAUUGUAAAGAUUUAGAAUGUUGUACUUAUAUACGAUUAGUAUGUAAGCACUUAUGUAAUUUAAAAUAGUUCUAAUUUAAUUUAAGUGUCUAUAGCUGUUAAUUUAAAAGUGCUUUUUUUAUUAAAUAUAGUAUUUUUUUACCAUAUUCGAGGCGUAUUCUAUAUUUAUGUUUGGUUUAUAUGCAGCAAUUUUAUUAAUAUAAUCUCCACCUAAUGGUAACAAAAAAUGUAAAUGAAUAUUAGCUAGACAAUUUUAAAAUUUGUUUGAAAUAUGACUACAAGAAUUAAGCUGUUAGAAUACUAAAUAAUACUAAUUGACAUAUUUAUAUAAAUAACAAUAAACUCACUUAAAAUUAAUUCACAAAAAUGAAUCACUAAAACUUACGAAUGAAUAAUUAGGUUGUAAAAUUUAUAAUGUUUGGUAGGUAGGACAUAGGUUUCAACUGUUUUCUAUCCCACGAAAAUAUUAUUAACCUAUACAAUUAUUAAUGUUUUUCACAUAUUUAUGAUUAAUGAGAAGAAGCUGCUUGUUUCAAUUAUAUAAUCUUUAUUCACAAAUUGAAAAAUUUAAAUUAAUUUAAAUUAAAUUGAAUGUACAAGUAAUAAUUUUUUUAUGUAAAUCGAUACAACUAAUCGAUAUGAUAAUUAUUUUUGAAACAAUAUUGUAAAUAUGUGACUGACAUAUAAAUAUAUUAUAUAAUAUCUUAAUACUCAAAUCAGCUACAAACACUGCCCUUAAGUAACUGCCCGUAGAGUAAUGUGACGAUUUUAUAAUUAUAAUUUAUAUACUAAGUAGACGAAUGAAUUAAGUUUGUAAAUAUCGUAUUUAGAUACAAAAUGAGAUGUUAGAAUAUUAUUAAAAAGUUUUAAUUUA